AUGAGAGCUACAGCCAACAGUAGCAAGAGGAGCGGCUACUGUUCAGCAGGCAGCGUUAUAAAAGCAGAUACAGCUGCAGCAACAGCAGCAGCAGAGGCAGCAGCAGCAGCAGCAGCAGCAGCAGCAGCUACUACUCGAGCCGUGAUAAAGAUGGAUGAGAGCUACAGAAACCGCCACAGGCAGGCCUGGGAGCAGCGGCGUGCAGCAGAGGCAGCAGAGCGUGAAGCAGCAGAAGCAGCAGCAGCAGCAGCAGCAGCAGCAGCAGGAACUGCAGCAGCAACACAAACUGGGAAUGCUUGCCGUGCUGCCUCUGCCCCACCAGCAGCUACAUGUGUAUCUCCUGCUGCACAGCCUCUCCAGGCAUCGGACCCUCACCAGCAGCAGCAGCAGCAGCAGCAGGAGACAGAGGAAGCAGCAGCAGCAGCAGCAGCAGCAGGCCUAGCUCGCAGCAAGAGCGAAGAAGAAGCUCUGAAUGAAGCAGCAGCAGCAGGAGACAGAGGAAGCAGCAGCAGCAGCAGCAGGCCUAGCUCGCAGCAAGAGCGAAGAAGAAGCUCUGAAUGA